AUGGCAACCCCGUACAUCGACAUACUGGCCAGCGGGUCUACCAGCACACCCACCAACACACAACCAAGCACCCCACGUCUAGCCCACCUCACGCUCCCCACAAUCCAAACCGGCUACCAAAACCGCCUCUUCACAGCCGUCGACCUAACUUCAGCCUGUCUAACUAGAAUUCGUGAAACAAAUCCCACGUUCCACGCCGUAGCAGAGAUAAACCCCGACGCUACAUCCCUCGCCCAGCACCUCGAUGCCGAGCGACUCACUAAAGGCCCACGAGGACCCCUCCACGGCAUACCCAUUCUGCUAAAAGACAACAUACCCACUCUCGACGCCACAUCCACAACAUGCGGCAGCAUGGCAUUAGUCGGGGCUAAACCCUCGCACGAAGCCGACGUGGUAAGCGCAGUGCGAAAAGCCGGAAUGGUAAUCUUGGGCAAAGGAAACAUGGCCGAAUGGGCUGGAUUCCGCUCCACGAGCGGGUGUUCAGGCUGGAGUGGAAGGGGAGGUCAGACAACGGGGAUCUACUAUCCUGGUAUGAAAGCGAGUGGGAGUUCAGGCGGCUGUGCGGUGGCUGUUGCACUGGGGAUGUGUUUCGCAGCGCUGGGAACGGAGACGUGCUACUCCAUUGUCUCUCCGGCAGAGAAAUCCGGUAUCGUAGGUUUCAAGCCGACGCGUAAUUUGCUCUCCUCCGAAGGUCUCAUUCAUGCGUCUAAGAGAUUAGAUACCGUUGGUGUGCUCACGCGAACAGUCUCGGACGCUGCGCUCCUCCUCAUCGGUAUGGUUCAACACAGCGACCACCUCCCCGCCCAAACGAAACAGAAGAUAGUGCAAGAUCUCAGCACCGCAAAUUCAAUUCCCCACCUCCAUGGCGUCCGAAUCGGCAUCCCUAGCUCCCUGUCCGACAUGCAAAACUUACCUGCCUGUAAGAAGACAGCAUUCGAAAGAACGCUCAAACUGUUAGAAAGCGCCGGCGCAACCAUCGUCCGCAACGUCCAAGUCACGGGGGCUAAAAGCUGGGACGCCCUUCCGCAAGAAGCCAAAGACAUCGUUUUGACUACCGAUAUGAAGAUUGCGAUAAACGACUACCUCUCCUCCCUCGCCACAAACCCGCAUAACGUGCGUAACCUCGAAGACCUCAUCUCGUUCACAAAAGGACACCCGGCCGAGCAGUACCCGCAGCGGAACGUUGAGGGUUUGGAGAGGGCGCAGGCUUCUGAUCCGAACAAUCUGCUUUACGAGAACAUGCUGGCGAGAGACGAGUAUUACACGGGCGAAGGCGGUAUCGACGCUGCGUUGUGUAGGAAGUGUUGCGAUGUCAUGCUCGUGCCUACGUUGAGUGUUACCAUGCAGAGCUUUGCUGCGAAAGCGGGAAGUCCGGUUAUGAGUGUGUCUAUGGGUGUUUUUCCGCGAGAUACGCCUGUGGAGGAGGACGCGAGGAAUGGGUUGGUUAAUGUGGCGCCUGGGAUACCGUUUUCGGCGUAUAUCUUUGGGCGAGCGACGAAGGAUGAGGAUGUGGUUAGAGUGGGGCGUGUGCUAGAGCGGUUGACGAAUGUUAGGGAGACGCUGGUGCCGUAUGUAGAUGUGGAGGCUGGGGCUGGGGGUGCUGCGGCGCCCUGA